GUGCGGCUUAUAGGUAUAUACAUAUAGAGGAGCAUCAACACCGCUGUAUAUAGAGCGGGGUUGAGAGAAAGAGGGAGAGAAAGAGCUGCAGAUUUUGCAGCCAUAGGUAUGAACUACCCACGGUGUGCACCGCAGUUUUCACUCGCGCAUCAAGUACAUUGUCUUCCUUUUUUUGCUUGAUUUCGCUCGUCGCUAUAUAACCCAUCCGCAGUUGCGCUAGAUUUCGUCUUCAACAACAGGUCAAUAAUUUAAGAUGUUGCAGCUGCCUCGAAAUGUGGCAGCCACAACUUGAGUCGUCCAGCGUUCGAGAUACCUUCGACGCUAAAUCGAAAGGGGAUGACAUUCAGAAGCUCAGUGUAAUCGAGACUCUACCACAGCUUUUAGCCCAAGAUGCGCAUUCUUGCAUUACAAGGGUUGUGCCAAAGAUACAGCAGUCUUUACCAACAGCAUCCGCCGAAUUUCACAUGGCGGCUUCUGUUAUUUUCAAACAGAUUCUGGAGCAGCGACUUGUUAGCCACUCAACUUUUACUCAAGUUUUUCUGCAAAGCAUUCUCAAUUCACUUGAGAACAGAGAGCCUGUCAUUUCUCAUGCAUGGCUGGAGACCAUACUUGAAGUCAUCGAACUACUGCCUGCAGAUAUUGUGAAACGUGAAAUUUUACCGAUUGCUGUGAAUGAGGGCCAAAUAUCACAACCACCAAAUUCUAGAAUAAUAUGCUGCCGGCUUAUGGGAAAAAUAGCAACUCGAUUAGAUGCAGAUUCGGUCAAAAAAGAUGUUUUACCAACAGUGCAGUUAUUAUGCAGAGACAUUAACAACGAUGUGCGAGCAUGCAUUUGUUCACAAUUGCGCUAUAUUGCUGAAGGCUUGGCUGGUGAUCUUAUGAAAUUUCUCCCGUUUCUCAUAGAAUUAGCUGAUGAUGAAGAAAGUAACGUGAGACAAGCUGCUGUGCAGACAAUAGGUCAUUUAUUACCUCAUCUCCAACCAGAUACAAUAAAAGAUAUUAUUCUUCCUCUUAUAAAAAUAACGUGCGAAAACGCAAUUAAAACAGAAGACAAUCUUGUAUGCAUUAUUGCUCAAGAAUUUGGUAAAAUUGCACAAACUUCUGAGUCCUUCAUAUCACCAACAGAAAAAACAUGGUUCGUCAAAUAUUUUAUACAGCUUGCUCAAUUGGGUACCCUUACAAAUAUAGACGAGUCAAAAAAAGAUUUUACUUUUAUUACAACUAGUAAUACGCAAUUAAGUGAUAGGGCUUUAGAGUGCCGACAAAAUUGCGCAUCCAAUAUGCCUGCAAUGUUAUUUUUUGCUUCAUCUAGUUCAGAAGGAGUUGAUUCAAUGAUUUCUACAUUUCAAACUUUGGCUAAUGAUUCAUACUGUAUGGUACGAAGAAAUAUAGCUUGCAACUUUUGUGAGGUCAUAAAAGUUUUGGGAUCAAAAAGCUUUUUAAUUAAGGCUGAAUUAAUAAGACUAUUGAAGGAUGACAAUGAAGAGGUUUUACAAGCAUUGAUUCCUCAAAUAUCAGAGAUUAUUGAACAUUUGUUACAUAAUAAGUUGAUUGGUGUGGAUCAAAACACGGAAUCGUAUACAAUAGACUUGGGUAGAGCACUCAUGAAAUGUGAAUCUGAAAUAUCAUCAACAAAUAAUUGGAGACUAGCAGCAUUAAUGUUGAAUCAACUAGAAGUACUACCAAAAUGUUUUCCUAGUGACUUCAUAUAUACAUAUUUGGUACCUAUUGUUGUAUGUAGAGUCCUCAAUUCGAGACCGUUACCAGUUCGUUUAGCUGCAGGCAGAACUUUACUUAUUUUCCUACGAUAUAACUUGAAACCUCAACAGAAAACAGAAAUAAGAAAUCAAAUUUGCACCGACUUGGCACGCAAUUCCAAUUGUUACGUUCGAAUGGUGUUUAUUCGUAUGAUGAUCGAGUGCAUGUCGAUAUUCUCUUCCAUGUAUUUCAAAGAUCACUUUUGCUCCACAUUAUUAAGUUUAUCGGAAGAUUCUGUUGCAAACGUCAGAUUAAAAGUUAUUACUCUCGUUCCUACAAUCAAGUCUUGUCUUCGACUUCCGGCUGAUAAAAGAUUACUGUCUACUCUAGAAACAAAUAUACGUAGUUUAAUGAAUAACGAAAAAGAUAGAGAUGUAACAGCUGCGCUAAUUGAAGCUAAUCGUCAGAUGGAAAGUAUCGAGGUUCGAGUUGAUAGUCAACCGACCCCUACGAAACACAGCAAAUAUGAUUCUGAAGAUAUGAAAAAAUAUGAAGAAGAGAAAAAAUUGGAAGCUAUGUCUACUGGAAAAACACAUAUAAAUCUCGGCAACCUCAUAAAAAAACCGAAUUCUUUGAAAAUUCCAACUCCUAAAAGCCAAUCUCCUCCAGCUGGACCAGAUACAUCAUCCAAAUCAACUAUCAAAGGCAAAACACUGAAAAACAAUGGUUCUUCCAAGUCUUCUAUUCUGUCAAAACCUCCAAUGAUCAGACAGAGCUCAUCAGGGGCACAACUUGGACCAGACACUUCAAAAGCAAGUACUUCUGCUGAUAGCUUUAGCUUAAACUGGUCAAGAAUUGAAUCCAAGAGUCAGCGAUAUACCGAACCGUGGGAACGAGAAUCAUCGUCUUCUCAUAGUGCAAAUUUGACUUGUUCUAAUCCUAGCUACAAUCCCAGCAAAGAAUAUUCAGCUCAUGCAGUAAAGUGUAGUUGUUACGACUUGGCUGACAGAAUUAUUAAAACGCAGAAUUAUAGAUCCGAUUCAUCGUAUUGUUCUUGUUUGAGCGAUUCUAGCAGUUUAAAGACGACCAACUUAACCCAUUCAAAACACGACUGUAGAAUUCCUGAACUAGCGAAAGUUUCGUUAUUGACUAAUGCGCGCAAUGAUAAACACGAUAUACUGCAAGACCUUAUGCAGACACGUUCGAGUUUUGCAAGCAAAUAUAAAAAGCCAGAAUAUGGUAGUUACCAAUCCAACUACAAUCCAUAUUGGAGUUUUAAUUCGAUGCCGGAGUUGCCAUCGACAUUAGUCGAUGAAGAAUUCAUGGUGGAUGCUGGAAUUAGAAUCCCAUCGCAGAUCAGUACUAGUCAAAGCACUUUGAAAAUACCAAACCUCCAAGACAUCAUUUAUAGAAGCAAAAAGAUGAGCGAUAUGGAGAAGACACGACAAUACGGUUCAGCCUUCGAGAAAAGAUUAGCCUUUGGAUUUAACUCAACGAAAAGAUUUUCUACGGACUAUGAUCACGUCAGUACCACGACGCCAUCAUCAGCACCACCUUCGUCUUCAUCAUCGUCCUUAUCAACAUUAUCAGCGCCUUCUUCAACGUCAACUAGUCUCUCAGCAAUGAAUAAGCACGACCAGAACAAUAAAUCUCGUUUUGUUUACGAUUCAUUGGAUCAGGGAAAUCCGAUACUGGAAAAUAAGAAAACAAAGCCAAAUUUUAUGCUGAUGGAUAAACAGCAAAGUGCAACCGAUCUGAAGAAACACCAUUUAGAUUGCAAAGAGUCGAAAUUAAAAUUUCAACGACAUAGCGUGGAGGUUGCCGAUUAUGAUCCAACUUUUGCUGGCCAAACUAUUCGACGUUUUUCGACACUGGAUGUCAAUCACAAUCACGGAUUGAGCAAGAUUCCAGUUCGCAGCGUGCACAUUACAGGGAGUAGAACAGCACCCGUCACGAGAACCUCCAGUCCGAUCAGACUCCAAACGGAGCUUUUAGAAUCCAAAAUUACUUACAAUACCACCAAGAGUUUCUCACAUGACAGACGACUUUGGAAAUUUCCCUCGACUGAUGAACAAGUCGACAAACUUACUCACAAGUUCUGACAAAAACUAGAUACUCAGAAAUAAUACAGUUUUCCUAUAGCUGCGUACUUACGCUCGUCAGCUAUAUUUAUAAUUUUAUUUUGUCUACAUGCAUGGGCUUACUCGUGUAUUCGAUUAUUCAAUUCUUUCUAGUCACUGAAAAUGUAUGAUUAGUUUUAAUGUCUUGUUUUAUAACGACAAGUUGAUGAUUUAAGUAUCAUCUGUAAUAGCUUUUUUUUCUAGUCUAAAAGAUACCAAACUGAUUCUAGUGAAAAGUUCCGUGAAAAAGCAUAAUUCGCGUAUUAAUUAAGUAACGAGCAUAUUAUGUAGUUACUAAUCUCAGCGUCUUGUUUAAUAUAUAUAAACUAUAUUAGAUUACCUUAAUACGUAUUAUGUAUACAGUUAUAUCUUACUUGUGCCUAAAGAAUCAACUAUACUCAUUCGUUCAGUAAAGCCAAUCGGACGUCAUUGAGUUACUAAAAAAUACACUGUGUGCAUCGCGGGCAAGAGGUUCCUUUUUGCGGGCAAAAAUUAUCUCUUCACCGCGCUACAUAGUAUGAUAUUCAGUUAAUAUGAUGUGUAUUGCGAUGUAUGUACAAAUUGUACAAAUACAUAUUUAGCAAUUUUUAUUAUUAAAAAUGACAAACUCAAUGCAACUAUGUCCGUGUUUUCGUGUACAUACAUAGGGCCGAUCUUUAUCUAUACCAAAAGUUUUUAGAUUUAGAAUCAUUAUACAAAAACCUUUAUGAAUAGUUUUUACAUAUUGUGCUGUAUUCAGAGUCUCAGGCAGGGGAUAUAAAACUAUUCUAUUUUGUAUUAUACAAAUCGCAAUACACCAAGUUCAAAAUCUAUUGAUUAGAAAUUGUAUACGAUUCAGACGGAGCGCGUUUGUACCAUGAACAGGGUAUAUUUAAAGAAAUGCUGAACAUUGUUUUAUAAAUUGAGGUAUUAAUUUUGUAAAAAAAUGAAUUUAAAAAUGUGUACAGGUAACACAAAAUACAUGUCAAAGAAUGGCAUACUGCUGUGCAUUGUAAGUUUAUUUUUGAUAACUAUUAAAAUACGCUAUAUAUAAACGAAAGAUUUUCAGCUGCUUGAAUGAAUUACUUUUAUUCAACGAUCAUUAUAAAAUCUCAAUACUUGCUGAACUUGAUAAAUAUUUAAAUGAAUCUAAUUUUGCUAUCGAACGCAAAAAGCAGUGAGGUGUUUUGGCGUGCGAGUAAGAUAUUGCUCGACCUGAAACGCAAAAAUAUUCAAUUUAGAGUAGUUUUAAAAAUAUCACAGUUUUAUUGUCAAUAGGUCACAACUAGUGUCUGCCUGCACGUUUCCGAUCGCUUACUUGGCGAGUAAAAGGGUUCUUAUAGAGAGCCAGUUGAUUAAUUAGGUACGUCGUGAUAGUAGCGAAUUUUGUCGUCUUUAUUAUAGUAGCCAUCGAAAGCACAUCGAAAUUAUGUCAAUAAUAUAUUUUGCAAACAUAUAAUCCUUUUCUUAGAUGAUUGUAAUCAUGAUUGAACGAUAUACUAGAACGAAUACUCAAAUUUUAUUGUUUUUGAAACAGCACGAAAACCAGCAGUUCGAGGAAAUUACAAGAAUAAUAAGUGUAAAGCAGAAAAUGGCAGAAAUCGAAUAAAAAAAUAAAAUAAAAACAGAAGGAAAUUAUGACGGCGAUAACAAACAAGGAUAAUACUGUGUAAACUGUAAAAUUAAACAGACUGGUAAUUCUCGUGAGUUCGUCCAAUUUAUAUUAAUAUAUACAAUAGAACUUUUGAGAUCUUGUGAUUAAUCAUUGAAUGAUUAUAUUUUUAUUUAUGUUUGUGAAGAGCUAUAAGCAGAGAGACUACUAGUUUUUUGCAAAAAAAUAUUAUGUUGUAUUUAAUACCUAUUAUACAAAUGUUCUCUAAUUAACCAUAAGUAAUCUGAAAUGCUUACAAUUUAAAGAGGCUAGCCGCAUUUUCUUGAUAGAAACUGAUUA